CACCUCUCCUUUCAUAGUAGUCAUACAACAAUUCCUCCCUCUCACCCAACAACCUCCCCGCCCAACCAAAAAAGCUCUCUCCCUGCCUGCCUGCCUGCCUGCCUCCCUUCCUCCUCUCUCCGAACCGACUCAAAACAGGGCAUGAGCCGCCAUGCGAUGGCCGCCCUGGUUCACCCACGAACCCGAACCCCCCCCAAAUGACACACAAGCCCCCCUAACCGACUGGCGGGCAUUCACCGAACCGCGAACCCUCAUUCCGACCGCGAUUCUCACCACUGGGAUCCUCGGCGCUGUCUACGUCCACCGCAAUUACCUCCGUCGGUUCCCCACGGCCGCCAGCAUCUCGCCUUCGUUUCUCCGUCGACGCAGUAUCCUCGGCCGCGUGACGAGUGUCGGUGAUGGCGAUAAUUUUCGCAUCUAUCAUACGCCCGGCGGUAGACUGGCGGGGUGGGGGUGGUUGCCGUGGAAGAAGGUUCCUGUUUCGAGGAGGGAUUUGAAGGAUGAGACGAUCCACAUCCGGCUCGCAGGCAUCGACGCCCCAGAACUCGCACACUUCGGACGCCCCGCCCAACCCUUCGGCAAAGAAGCGCACGACUGGCUCACGGCCUACCUCACCAACCGCCGGGUACGCGCGUACGUCCACCGACAGGACCAGUACCAGCGGGUGGUGGCGACGGUCUUCGUGCGACGGGCGCUGGACUUCCCUAUUCCGUUUCGGCGACGCGACGUGUCGUAUGAGAUGCUGAAGAAGGGGAUGGCCACGGUGUAUGAGGCGAAGUUUGGGGCGGAAUUUGGGGGCGCGGCGAGGGAGGAUAAGUAUCGGAAGGCGGAGACGUGGGCGAAGGCGAAGGGGAUGGGGUUGUGGAUGGGGUUUAGACGCGAUGCUAAUAAGUGGGAGAGUCCGAGGGAGUAUAAGACGAGAAUGGGGUUGGAGGAUGCGACGGCGCAGGUGAAGGGGGACAAGAAGUGAUGGGUUCCGUUGAGGGGGUGAUUUGGAUGGCUAUGUGCUUUUUGCUUAUGAUGAUACGGCUGAGAGAUAUCCCCGUUGCGCAUGAUUUGCUUCUUGGAUUGGUUGUUAUAGAGGAAUGUCUAGUUAUCUGCCUUCACGGCGGCACAUCAUUAACAUCGUUAGACCUAACAUU